GCUAAAUAUAAGGGUGACCCCCCCGGGCCCCCCCGGCAGCGCCAGCGGCAGCCAUGGAGAGACAGGUGUGGCAGCUGCUGCUCUGGAAGGACCCCGCUCGCUCGGCGCUGGUGCUGCUCUCGGUGCUCGCCGGGCUCGGAUGCCUCUCUCGCUUCAGCGCCGUCAGCGUCGGUGCCUACGGGGCCCUGGGGGUGCUGGGGGUCACUCUGCCCCGGCGCCUGCACCGGGCAGCCCUCAGGGUGCUGAGGCCCCCCCCGCACCCGGCUCCGAGGGAGCCGCCUGAGGCCGCUGUGGGGCUGAGCCCCGAGGAGCAGCAGCGCUGGGCCCAGCGCCUCGCCCGGCACCUGAGUGCGGCCACACGGACCCUGACCCGGCUCUUCCUGGUGCACAGCGUCCCCGAGUCCCUCAAGUUCGCCUUCUUUUUCUACCUGCUGACCUACGUGGGGGCCGUCUGCAAUGGGCUGACGCUGCUGGGAGCCGGCGUCAUCUGCGCGUUCACCUUCCCUGUGCUCUACCGGCACCACCAGGCCCAGAUCGACCAAUACGUGACCCUGGUGCGGAGCCACCUGAGCCACCUCCGGGCCAGGAUCCAGGCCAAGCUCCCCAGUGCCAAAGCGAAGCCGCAGUGACCCCCCCCGUGUGCCCCCCCCGAGGUGACAACGGAGGGGGUGGGGGGGGGGACGAGUCGGGG